AUGCGGGAGCUGGUUUUUCCCUGCAUUUGCGAGCGGAGUGGGCCGGGGGAUGCAGCCGGAGGGAGAUGCUGUGAGGGCAGUGGUGCCCUCGGUGUGAGGGAAGCUGCGCCGGUGCCCUCGCAGGGGCGCAGGACGCUUUUCUCCGCUCCCGUCAGACCGACCGGCAACGCCGCAGGAACAUCGCCGUGCCGGGCUCUCCCGGCCGCGCCUGCGCUCCCCGCGGGAGGACGGGCCGCGCCUGCGCUGCCCCCGCAGCCGGGCCGGGCCGGGCCGGGACCGUGUUGGGCCUCCGGGGGCGGCGGAGCCGGGCGGGCUGCGCAGGUGGGAGCGGCCGCGGGGGGACGGGGAGCGGGGCGGGCGGGGGUGCGGCGCUGGCUGUCCCGGGGCGGCUCCGCCUGUCCGGGGCGGCUCCGGAGGCAGGUACCGGCUGUGCAGCCCCUGCUCCUCCGGCAAACGGACCCUUGUCCUGCGGCCUCGCCCCCCGUGCGGUGGCGAGGGAGGAACCAGCAGCCCCGGGCAGGGGCUCGGCGAGACGCCCCAGCCCGCCUGAGGGCACUGGGGCUUGGUGUCAGGCUGGAGUGGGCGGGCAGUGCAAACUCUGUGCAACAUCCACACUGCUGGCAUCAAGAGCAGGAGCAUGGAAGCUGCAAUGAUUCCGAUUCUCUGGUGUUUGAGGAAUAUCGAUGUGGCCAUUCACACCACUGCUCUACAACAUCAGAACAUUCUGGGCCACUUUCCAGUUGCUCCAGCUGGGAAGGUAGAACUGAGGAAGGCAACACAAUGAAGACAUCAAAUAAAAAAAUGACCAACAACUCUGCCAAUCCAGGUGAAAGGGAAACGGAUGAGGUGGUCCUGAGGAGGAGACAAAAACAGAUCAAUUUUGGCAAGAAUACCCUGGCAUAUGACAGAUACAUUAAAGAAGUUCCAAAGAACCAGCGGCUUCCAGGAGUUCACCCCACAACUCCCAACAAGUUCAAGAAGUACAGCCGCAGGUCCUGGGACCGGCAGAUCAAGCUGUGGAAGAUAGCACUGCAUGCCUGGGAUCCUCCUGCUGAAGAAACCUGGGAUCUGCAGCCCGUGUAUGUUCUGUGGGUGAAUUAAGUCAAGGCUUAAAGAAUUUAAGGAGGGCUCUGCAGUUCCUUCAGAGCAUUCCUGCCUGGGAGAAAAAAAGAUCAGACUGAACAAUGGGAGUCUACUUGAAUGCUUUGUUUGCCAUUAGAAUUCCAUU